UUAGUUUUGAUGAAGUCACAUGACCUGUCAAAAUGCCGUCUACACCACAGCUGUCUCCCCAGGAGGAACAAGAGAAGCUUCUAGAGGAGGCUCUCAGCAUUGUGAAAAAUCAGUCAUUUCAAAUGAAAAGAUGCCUUGACAAAGGCAAGUUAAUGGAUGGUUUGAAGCAUGCAUCAACGAUGCUUGGAGAAUUGAGAACUUCAAUGUUAUCUCCUAAAAGUUAUUAUGAACUAUAUAUGUCCAUAUCAGAUGAACUGCGACACUUGGAGCUAUAUCUUGUGGAUGAAUUCCAGAAAGGAAGAAAAGUGUCAGAUCUGUAUGAACUCGUCCAAUAUGCUGGAAAUAUUGUUCCCAGGCUAUAUUUGCUGAUAACAGUUGGUGUUGUUUACAUCAAGACAAAUGAGUUGUCAAGAAGAGACAUCCUGAAAGAUUUGGUAGAGAUGUGUAGAGGAGUACAACAUCCACUGAGGGGACUCUUUCUCAGAAACUACCUUUUACAAUGUACCAAAAAUGUCCUACCUGAUGUAGAAGUUGAAGCAAAUUUAGGAGAAUAUGAGGCUGGUACGAUCUCCGACUCCAUUGAUUUUAUACUGUUGAAUUUCUCGGAGAUGAACAAACUCUGGGUGCGCAUGCAGCAUCAGGGGCAUACACGUAACAAGGAGAAACGUGAGAGGGAGCGACAAGAAUUACGUAUUCUAGUUGGAACAAAUCUUGUCAGGCUCAGUCAGCUUGAGUGCAUUGAUAUGAGCAGAUAUAAAAAGGGAGUACUACCAGGUGUGUUAGAACAGGUUGUUAGCUGUAGAGAUCCUAUAGCCCAAGAGUAUCUGAUGGAAUGUAUCAUACAGGUGUUUCCAGAUGACUUUCACCUACAGACCCUCAGUCCGUUCCUGAGAGCUUGUGCUGAAUUACAUGCCAGUGUUAAUGUGAAAAAUAUCAUCAUCUCUCUAAUUGACAGACUUGCCCAGUUUGCCCAGAACGAGGAGGGAGCAGGAAUACCACCAGAAAUACAGUUGUUUGAUAUUUUCUCACAGCAAAUUGCACAAGUUAUACAGAAUCGUUCAGACAUGCCACCAGAAGAUAUAGUAUCAUUACAAGUUGCCCUGAUCAACCUGGCUCUCAAAUGUUACCCUGAUAAGAUAGAAUAUGUGGAUAAAGUAUUGGAGACUACAGAGGAUAUAUUCAAUAGACUAAACCUAGAUCAUUUGGAACAUGGCAGUUCAGUGUCGAAGGAGUUAAUGAGAUUGAUGAAGAUUCCAGUAGAUAAUUACAAUAACAUCCUUACUGUGCUUGAGUUACAGCAUUUUGGACCGUUGUUUGAGUACUUUGAUUAUCAGAGUCGUAAAGUGAUGAGCUGUUACCUGAUUACCAAUGCUUUAGAGAAUGAGACAGAAAUUCCAAGCCAGGAACAAGUUGACAGUUUGUUAUCAAUCGUCAGUGUAUUAGUACAAGACCAGAAUGAUCAACCUGAGGAAGGGGAUGAUCCGGAAGAUUUUGCCGAGGAGCAGGGACUCAUGGGAAGGUUUAUUCAUCUCCUACAGUCUGAGGAUGCAAACCAACAAUAUCUGAUAUUGAACACAGCCAGGAAACAUUUUGGUGCUGGUGGUGAUAAGAGGAUCAAGUUUACACUGCCACCUAUCGUCUUUUCAGCAUACAGGCUAGCCAAUAGAUACAAGGACCAUUCUGAUGAGGAUGAGAACUGGGAGAAGAAAUGUCAGAAGAUAUUCCAGUUUUGUCACCAGACUAUAGGUGCCCUCAUCAAGGCAGAACAGGCUGAGAUACCACUGAGGUUGUUUCUACAGGGUGCCAUGGCAGCUGGAGGUAUUGGGUUUGAAAACCACGAGACAGUGGCAUAUGAGUUCAUGUCACAGGCAUUUUCUCUGUAUGAGGAUGAGAUCUCAGACAGUAAGGCACAGUUGGCAGCUAUAACAUUAAUUAUUGGUACACUAGAACAGAUGUCAUGUUUUGGAGAAGAGAAUCACGAACCAUUACGUACACAAUGUGCCCUAGCGGCAUCUAAAUUACUGAAGAAACCUGACCAAUGUAGGGGAGUGGCUACAUGCUCUCAUCUGUUCUGGUCAGGGAAGAGUACAGUAGAAGAUGGGGAGACAAGGGAUGGUAAGAGGACGUCAGAUUGUUUAAAGAAAGGUGUUAAGAUAGCUAACCAGUGUAUGGACAGUUCAGUACAAGUACAGCUAUUUGUAGAACUACUCAACCAUUAUAUAUAUUACUAUGAGAAAGGAAACGACCAGGUUACAAUACAAGUACUAAAUCAGUUAAUAGCCAAAAUAAAAGAAACAUUACCAAACUUGGAGGCUAAUGAGGAGACGGAACAAAUUAACAAACAUUUCCAGAAUACAGUUGAACAUUUACAGGCCAUGAAACAAGCUGCUGAUUCUGAAGGGCCAGAUUAUAGUGACCUCACUGUUUAAAUGAUGACUUUAUAAAAACAGACUUACAAUUGAUUACAUUAACUUUCAAUGGCCAAUUAGUUUGAGAAAUAUUGGCAUGAACUUUUUAAUAAAAUUUUAAAGUUUGCGAAUAAUUUGAGCAGUAACAUUUAAACUUUUUUAAAUUGGCAAAUUGUUUGUAAAGUAUUUAAACAAACUUUUAAAAUUGAACAAUAAUUUGAUAUAAGGUUUAUCAAAGGAAAGAGACUAAUUUUGGAUUCAGAUUUGAAAAUAAUUUCACUUCUUUUGCUUGCAUUUCUCUUUAGGACAAUUUUAAUGAAUUAAAAGAUUUAUAAACAGUAUAAAUGUGACUGAAAAAUAAUUAUGUGAAAAUUGAAAGCAAAUUGUAUGCCCAUUUCUGGUGUAUUUUCAAUUAUUAAUGGACAAGAUAGUACUAAAUUUUCAUUUGAUCUAAAAUCCUUGAAAAAUAGCAGGUAUUCAAGAAAGAAACUUGGCAAUAAUGAACCUUUACAUUAUUCUAAAAGCACAUACUGGUAUAAACUAUUUUGUUGUGUUUGUGAAACAGUAUAGUUUUUUCGGUGUAUACAUUUUGUUAAGAAUACACAUGUAUAUUGUUUAGAUGAAUUCAUUUGUGUAGUUACAGAAAUUCAAGUAUGAAAUAUUUGUUAUUUAUAAUGAAAACAAUCUGUAUGUUGGAUUGUUAUUUUAAAUGAUUCAAUUUCAGGCCUUUACAUUCAUGAUGGAAUUUAUCUUUAUCAUCCUUUUUAGUUUGAAAUGGAAUAUUGCUGCUAUCUUAUUUAUCUAAUAGAAAUAAAUCAUCUCUGGGCCCGCGGCUGCUUUUCACGGAGAGUACUAUGUUAAUUCUAAAUCCUAGGCCUUUUGACCAACUAUAGGAGAAAAAAUGUUUAUGCACUAGACCGUUUCAAGAGACAGUCCCAUUUUAUGUCAUAAAUUUGAAUUUUGACCAAUUCGCUUUCCUGAAAAGUUACGAAAUACAAUGGCACCAGUACUUUUAAUACUUUGAUUACUAAAAUUAAUUUAAUAAGUAUGCACUAUCCUAUGUAAUUUUGAGAUAAUUUUGUAAUUUUUUUUGGAAGUCAAGGGACAUUUUAGAAACUUACAUAAUUUAUGUUCUUGUAUAAAUGAAUAGCUUUAAAUAUUUGUUACAGUACAAAAGCUAUUAUAUAUCAUUAUGUAAAUGGAUUUAACAAAAUUUGACAAUGGUUAGAUGAGAUUUGAUCUCGCUAUCUUCAUAUGUUAAUAUACAAAGGUAUUUGUUUUGUUAUGUAUGUAAAACAUGUUAGUGUGCAUUAAGUGUGCAAUAUUCCGUGUAAAAAAGGUAAUAAAAUUGUGAUAAA